GCCCACCAGUCCACCCGUACCGAGCGAGGCUGACUAUUCUGCCACCCUUCUUUUGGCCUUGAUCUAGACCACCUGCCAUCCCCACAACAAGCCAAGCCAAGCCGGGCGUCUCUCUCUGACCUCAUUGCCUUACACACAAUCUGCGAGAGGUCUUUUUUCCCUCCUCCUCCUCGACCAAGCCCAGCUUCACGUCCUCGUCCCGCGCCGUUCCGACCCCGCCUCAAUCCUCUCCUCCUGUUUUUCCCCACGAUCUCGAGCUCAAAAUCACCAGCCACGGAGCCAAUACAGAGCCGUCGUCGACCCAUCACCGCCACCCGCGUCGUGGCUGUCCUCGUCCGACUCUACCAUCCUCCUUAGCACCCACCCACCACCUUGCCAGAGCGGGUCACAAGACAACAACCAAUAAACAACCGGCGAAGACGGGUGCAGCGACAGGCUAUUGUGGGCAUCGUCAAACAAGGAGACCACUUUACCUCCCACGCGCACACCGUUCUAGCCUGCCGAACCCCUCCCAUCGCAUCCUUUUCUGACCGACCAACCGAUAGAUCGCCCUCCCUCCGAACCUCAUAGCGGCCCGAUGGGUAAUCAGCCAUCCAAGGACGGCAGCGGCACCUCCAGGCCGAGCAGCUCGGCUGGCCCGGACGGCCUGCAGUCCCUGCCCUCCUUCAGCAAGUCCGACACCAAGGACUCCACGAGAUCUUUCAAGGCCCUGCGGUCCAAGAUACCAGGCUCAGGAAAGAAUGACAGCCCGCGGACGUCUGCACUGCUGUCCAAUGGCGAUGCAGACAGGUCGGACUCGGAGACCAUCAGGUCGGGCAGGUCUGGACGGCACUCUAGGAACAGGUCGUCCGACCCCUCCAUAACGGCCGCCUCCCCAAGCUCCCCCGACAUGUCGACCGUGACCUCCCCGCUGGACGACACCCAACCGCCCCCGUCCCCUAUACAGUCGGCGUCUGUCAUGUCAGGCAAGCAUGAUGUCAGCGCUGCCCAGGCGUCAGGCGAGGUCGACCACGUCUCGGACGCACCGCCCACGGGCGUGCCCAACCCGAAUGCUGAACCCGUCCAGCCGGGCCAGCCCAUCCUAGUUAGGCGCGACAACACCGUCAACAACACCGUGCAGGGGGGUGCUGCGUCGCCAAGGGACGAGGUGGCCGGCAGCGUGGCCAUGAGUGAGAUCAAGGACAUCGACCUGGAUGAUUUCAUCAAGAGGCUGUUGGAUGCUGCGUACGCCGGCAAGGUGACCAAGAGUGUCUGUCUCAAGAAUGCAGAGAUCGUGGCCAUCUGUCAACGUGCGAGGGAGGUUUUCCUUUCGCAGCCUGCUCUCCUGGAGCUAGACGCCCCGGUCAAGAUCGUCGGCGAUGUCCAUGGGCAAUAUACAGAUCUCAUCCGCAUGUUUGAGAUGUGCGGCUUCCCGCCCUCUGCCAACUUCCUCUUCCUGGGCGACUACGUCGAUCGGGGGAAGCAGUCCCUCGAGACCAUCCUGCUGCUCCUGUGCUAUAAGCUCAAGUUUCCCGAGAACUUUUUCCUCCUGCGUGGCAACCACGAGUGUGCCAAUGUCACCCGCGUCUACGGCUUCUACGACGAGUGCAAGCGGAGGUGUAACGUCAAGAUCUGGAAGACCUUUAUCGAUACCUUCAACACCCUUCCCAUCGCCUCCAUCGUCGCCGGCAAGAUCUUUUGCGUCCACGGCGGCCUGUCCCCGGCCCUCAGGGACAUGGACGACAUCCGUAACAUUGCACGGCCCACAGACGUCCCCGACUACGGUCUGCUGAACGACUUGUUGUGGUCCGACCCCGCCGAUAUGGAAUCGGACUGGGAAGCCAACGAAAGGGGCGUGAGCUAUUGUUUCGGGAAGAAGGUCAUCACGGACUUUUUGACUACGCACGACUUUGAUCUAGUCUGUCGAGCACACAUGGUGGUCGAGGACGGCUACGAAUUCUUCACCGACAGGGUGCUAGUGACUGUUUUUAGUGCACCAAACUAUUGCGGCGAGUUUGACAAUUGGGGAGCCGUCAUGUCUGUCUCCUCUGAGCUCUUGUGUAGCUUCGAAUUGCUGAAGCCCCUCGACUCGAACGCCCUCAAGAGCCAUAUCAAGAAAGGACGAAACAGAAGGCAACAGAUGCUCAACAGCCCGCCGGCAAACGUAUACCCUCAGAGCGUCUAG